CUGUUCAGUGAUUUCUUUUUCUUUUUUUUAUGGUACUACGCAGGGUAUAUAAAUGUAAAAGAAGCUGAUAAACGCAGACGACACUAAAUCGAUAUCCUUUGCGUUUGACUUGAAGUUUAAUUAUAUUAGUUUGGCUACAGAGGCUUUUCAGAAUGUUUAAAGUUGGGAUUUUCGCGGUUUUCGUUCUGUUUUUCUUUUUAAUAGAAAUAGCGGCAGGACAGAAACCUCCAAGAGCUUAUGCAAAAUCUAAAUGUGAGAAACGAAUUAAAAAUGAAACAAUGUUGGAGCAAUGUAAAACAUGUGUUGAACAAUACAACUUGCCGGAAUAUCCUUCAAAAAGUGAAGUAAGAAAUAUGAUCAGAACAUGUGUACCAAAGAAAGAUCCUAAGGAAUGGGUGAAAGGAAAAUGUGAAGAAAAUACUGAAAAGCAGGAUGACAUAGAAAAAUGUUUUCAGUGUGUGGAUGAUUUCGAGUUGCCUCAAAAUGUUACCAGAGAUGAUGUUCAAGCUUUAAGAAGAACAUGUCUUCCUCAACCAAGCUUGAAAUUUAAGGCAAAGAGGAAGUGUGUUAAGAGGCUCCGAGUUAAAGAGGAAAUUGAAUCUUGCAAGGAAUGUAUACAAUCCUACAAAUUACCUGAAAAACCAUCUUGUGAAGAGGUGAAUGAAAUGAAAAGAAAAUGCAUACUUGAGAGAUCUGGUCGAGAGCUGUGGACUGAACCUAUUCUCCAAGAAGAUGAAGAAGAAUAUUUGGUUUGAUAUGGCAACUGUGAACGAACCUUCCUUGCAGCAUAAUUGAAUCGUGCACAUAUUUAAUCAGUAGUUUUAGUUUUUAUGUCAACCUGAUAAGUUCUUUUGAGGGAUAUAUGUAAAUGAUAUUGCAUGAUAAUCUGAAAGAUUACAUUCUUGAAACAUCAGCGUGUGAUUUAACAGGGCAAAAGAAAAUCUUACUGCACAUUAGUUUAUAUUUAUAUGAAUAUAUGUGAUAUCCUUACUGCAAGUAAUAUUGCAACCAAAAUUUAGCUAUUUGUGAUAACACAUUUUACUGUAUAAAUUUGUCUUCAGUAGGAUGGUUUAUGUAUUUGUGCGUUUUCAUUUGUGUCUUUAAUUUAUUUUAUUUUAUUUCGAUUUCUUAUGUAGUAUGUUAUAUGUAAUAAAUAUUGUAUCUUUGAAAUGUU